AUGGCAGAGCUGAAGGAGCCAGCACACAACGGUCUCUGGCCCAACUAUGGAAGUCCGGUGCAAAUGCCCAUUGGCCGCUUUAGCCACCCUUCUACCCUCGAUCCAGUGCUCGCCAAUGCUGCCGGCGCCCAUCAAGGACCGUCACCGCACUCGGCGCGGCCUAGGGCCGAUGGCAACUCGUACCCAUACGCUCGCUACUCACAAGACGAGACGGACGUCUACGGUAGACCGCAUCCUGCGGCUCCCACCGGGGCACCGCAUUCGGCACUGGCCGCGCACCACAGCUAUCCCAACCUUAAGCGGACAUACUCACAAACUGAACAGCAGCAGCCGCCACCUCCGUAUACGGAGAUGGUCCAGGACAUGCGGGAUGAUGGCUCGAAAUUAAACGUCAACCAGGGCCACAAGCUGCUGUCUUUCAAGAGAGUCCCGGACAAGCACACCCUUGUCGACCAUCACGGUCGCGUGCAGCAGUUGGAUCUGAACGCUCAGCUCCAUGGAAUGUUCUUCCUUUCUGAGAUGCCCGCGAGCACGAGCGAUGGCACCGUGUUGCAGCCGGAGCUGACAUGCUACCGCCGCAAUCUGUUCCAGAUCAGCGGGACCCUCAUCACUCCACGAGGCCUGCUCUCUGUCGUGACCGAUGGCGGCGACCCCGUGGCAGUGAGUACUACCGAGCUCACAAUUUCGGCCAUUGAGUCCGUUGACGGCCACCCGGUGCGCCUCAUUGUCAUUCCGUGGAAGACGCCACCACCAAACUCUCCAGAAAUCAGCCAAAGUCCCGACCAGGAGCCUGCGCCCUUGCCUCUGAUUCCGUUCCAGGACGAUGGAUCAGAAAGCGAUGGCGAGUAUGCCGUGUAUCCCAUAGGAUGGCGCCGUCUGCAGUUCCGGAUAGCGACGGCAAACAAUGGACGGCGGAAGGAGCUGCAGCAACACUUUGUGCUGCACUUGAAGGCCAUCGGCACCUUGGCCAACGGAUCCAAAGUAGUUCUGGCCGAGUCUUCGACAGCGCCUGUUGUUGUCCGGGGCAGAAGUCCACGGAACUUCCAGGCCAGGAAAGAGAUUCCUCUGCUUGGGUCGAGUGCGGGAUCAAGGGGACAGGCUCUUGUAGAAACUGGGCUAGGAAUCGUUGCGGGGCCACUCGCUGUCAAACCGCACGAUAAGAACCGACCGGUGGCGAUGGAGAUGCCUCGCUCCUCUUUCACCUUUUCUGCAGGGCCGAAAAUGCCGCCCAGUCCACUAUCGAUGCGGUCAAACUCAUACCCGGCCUGGAAUCCUUCACAAAUGCAGCUUCCUCCCACCAGCAACGGAAGCUACCCUACAACGACCAUGUCGGCCGAGCCGUACCAGAAAAUGCCAGUAUCUGGUUCACCACAAUACACCGCAGAGCCACAGGAGAUGCCGAUGCAGCAGUCGUCGAUGCCGUCGGUGCAGCUGUCUCUCGUGGGAAGCGACGGGCAGCAGUCGAAUGCCAUCCGGACACAGUAUGCGUAUGUGCAGGGGUCUUCCGCACCGCCACCACAGCUCUCGCUGCCAACGUCGGCCGACAACAACCUCAGCGUCCCGAGAUACGUCAGCACGAACCCACGGCCGACGAAGAGUCCGCGGCAUACAAACCACGACUCUGUGCAUAGCUCGGGGUCCAUGGGCGCCAACGACACAUCCAACGAGUACCGAUAUGGUCCGCCGUCGUAUGUCGGCGUAGGCGGUGAUUUGGCGCAACACCAGCAGCACCAGUCAUCUCAUGCGCACGGGCAUCAGCAUCCGUCACAGUCGCCACAACAGCCGCAGCAGCAGUCAUUACGAUCGCAUCAGCAGCUGGGACCAUUGCCGCCAUCACAGCACCAGUCACCAUCACAACCCCUUCCACCUCCACAGCCGCACCCUCAGCACCAGCAGCAUCAGCAGCACCAGCACAGCCAGUCUGCUUAUGGCGCGCAAGAUACAGCGAACCACAGCCCCAACCCGCCAACUUCGUCGGCAUCACAGCCGCCUGCCCGGGACUAUUUCCCACCGUCAGCAUCUUGGACAUCAACAGCAGGUGAGGCGAAUACGCCUGCGUAUGCAAACGGCGAUCCUCGACCGUACUCGUUCCCCGACCAGUACAAGACCGGCCACAACGUCAAGACCGAAGCUUUGCCACAACCGCACGGCUAUGGCGGCCCGAGAGGCUCCUUCGACGCCAUGAACCACUACUCGUGGGGGGCGACGUGA